CAAACAGUACACCGCUGCGUUUCGUAUUUCGAAAUUAUAUAUUUUUUUAUUUCUAGAUAUUUGCAGAUUCAUGCACUCAGUCGGUUAUUAUUUUUGGAACAGUAUUACAUAGUGAAGCCUAAGGAGCAUAAACUUUGUAGCCAAUAUGCAAAAUUCCGCUGUUUUAUCACGUGCAACGCACCUACCAAACGGGAAAAAUGUUGCACCUAAAGUGACCGAGUCAAAAAGAAAUGAAACAGCUAGGGGCCAGCACAACAAACCGCCGAUAAAACGCAUACCAAUUAUCAACAGGUCAGCUUCCGUUGUGGCGAACAACAACAAUAAAACUAAGUUAAAUAAUAACACGGGCAGUAUCCCUUUGGAUCCCACACAACCCGCCUCGCCGCCAUUGGAUUGUAACAUAGAUUCAACGACAUCCGGGACAAGUCUUGUGUCGCGACGAACGGAAGCCGAUUCGGAGGAUGCCCCGCCCAAGACAAAGACGAAGUUUACCAGACCGCGCUUGAAUCAACUAACAGAGCAGCGCAUUAGCCGCUUACGAUCGUCUGCGGCAGAUGGAGCCAAUGUUGGGCCGGAGAACACGCCUUCGGAGGCACCCACGCCGCAUACAAAAAAGAAAUAUUUUAAUAGCUCCAGCCAAUCGUCGAUGUGUGCUCAGUCACAGCCGGAUGAAAUUGGGCCAAUACCAUGUCCACAGCCCCUGGAGGAGCUACAAAGGCGAUUGGAGGACCUGCAGUCGGAAUUUAUGAACAGAGUGGUGAACUUUCGUGAGCAAGGCUAUGGAUAUGCCUACAAACUAGUUACCAUCGUGCACAACGAUAAUUGCAAGGUGCUCGUGCGCAAUGACGACUUGCUUGCCCUGCCCAAAAAUCUGCCUGCUCAUUCGGUGAAUGAUUUUAAAACCCUGUGUCAUAAUGCACUCAAGGAGGGCUAUACGUUCAUUUUCGAGCAGUUCGCAUCCGCGCCGUCGGAUGGCAAGAGCAUGGAGCCUGUAUGCCGUGAAGAACUACGCAACAAGCUGAUGGGCGUGCUGAACAACAAACUGGCUGCAGUCGACAAUGAGCUGAUGCAUAUGUGCAAAGCGGCUAGCAAGGAGGACACCUCUAAAUUAACGCAUCAGAUAUGCGAGCUAAGCGAAGUGAACACCCGCCUAAAGUCCACCAACGCGAAAUUGGACACGGACUUAGCGGACAUGCGCAACAGUCGGGAUGAACUUCAAAAGGUGCUCGAAUCGUCGCAGAAGCGCAACAACGAUCUCGCCUUAGAGCUGGCCGAAAAGAAUAUUUUGCUGGUGGAGCAGGCAGGUGCCAUUGAUGACUUGCGCGGUGAAAUUAAGCAUCUAAAGAAGACUCAUACCAGCGGCAAAGUGGUAUUGCAGCAGCGCAUCAAAGAGAACGAAAGCAGAAUGGAUAGCUUUCGGCUAUUAAAUGACAAGCAAUUGCAUCGCAUCGAGGACUUGGAAGAGCAACUGGUUCAGGCACAGAACGAAUGCUUAUUGCUCAAAAGGAAAACGGAUGAGCUAAUGCAAGCUCUGACCGGUAAGGAGACGCUCAUUGCCGAGCAGACGGCGCAGCUGCUCGAACUGGAGCAGUACAAGAUGACGUCGGCUGAUGAUCCGGACACGGAACAGAUAACCCACCUGCAAGCAGAACUGGAGCGUCAACAAAUGCUACUUUCAGGGCAGGAGGAGGCGGAACAAGUGCUGCGAACGGAACUGCAACAAAAGCAGGAGGAACUGCGAAAGGCGGAGCUUAAGCUCAGCAGACUGGAAGAACAGAACGAACACAAUCGCCAAGUGCUGGCCGUGCGCGGUGAGCGCAUUAAUUAUCUGGAUCAAGAGAUGAAGCAACGUGAACAGGAGAGCAAUCGCAGGAUUAAUGAAAUUAUGGCUCAAACUAGUGACAAAAAUACGCUCAUUACACAGAUAUCAAACGAGCUGGCAUCAACAAACGAACAAUUCCAGAAUCUAUGCUCGACGCUCAGCACCAAACAGACGAAGCUCCAUAACCAAGAGCACGUUAUUAAGCUUCUCGAGGAGAGCAAUGCACGCAGCGUCAAGCUCCACACAAAACUGGGCGAAAAAAAUGCACUGCUAAAGGACGAACUCGAUCAUUUACGGCGCACUGUAAAUAAUCUAAUGUUAGGCAGUGAUGUGAACGAUGCGGAUGUUGCAGAUAUUCUGCUGGAAUAAACCAAAAUAAGACUAUAUAAUUAGCAAAAUUAAGAAAGUUAUUAAGCAACGUUUAUGUCAAAAUUCUAAUUGGCAACAAUGGACAGAAUAUAUUCGAGCCAGUCUCGGCUCAUGAGGUGCUAACUCUU